GGUUGUAUGGAUACAGGAUCAUGUGUGGAAUAAAUUCUGCCAAACUUAACUUACGAAAAAAAAUGAAAACUAUCAUUGCACAACUCAGUGCUGAGGAGAAACAAAGGCAAUCAAGGAUAGUAUUUGAAAAAUUAUGUUCUCUCAAACAAUUUCAAGAAAGCAAAAGGGUUUCUUCAUACCUAAGUACAAAUGAUGAAAUUAAUACAGUACCGAUAUUAAAACAUAUGUUCGAAAUGAAGAAGGAAGUAUUUAUUCCUAGAUAUAAAGGCAAACAAAUGGAAAUGGUUAAAUUAUUUUCAAUGAAAGAUUACGAAAAUCUACCAGUAACUAAAUGGAAUAUCAAACAACCAAGCUUUAAUGAACCCAGAGAAAAUGCUUUGGAAACUGGUGGGUUGGAUUUAAUACUUUUACCAGGUGUUGCAUUUUCUCCUAGUGGAAAACGUUUGGGACAUGGGAUGGGUUAUUAUGAUAAAUUUUUGGAUUUGUGUUUAAAGAAACAACAAAAAAGACCACACUUAAUUGCAGUGGCAUUUAAUGAACAAUUACGUGAGGAUAUUCCAACAACCGAAAACGAUGUAUUACUGGAUCUUAUACUUACAGAAAAAUAAAUGUACUUUUUCAAUGAAUAAUUUUUCUUCAAUAUCAACAUAAGUUACUUCAAAUUGCUGCUCUGAAGCGAUUUCUUGCAAAAACUGUACCAGAUUUACAUCGCCGUCAUUCAAACAAGUAUUCUAUAACAAAAAGGAUUAAUAAAGAAAA